AUGGUGGCCUUGCCCUUUUUCGAUAUCGUCACCAUGGGCUGGGUCAAGACCUGGGAGCGCCACGUCGGCAAGGUUAGCAUGGACGACUUUAAGGCCUUCCACGUGUUUGCAGACAACCAGUUUGAUGACGCCAACAGUGCCUACACCGUCAUGGAUACGUCGGAGGAUGGACACGUAGACUUGACUGAGUUUCGAAAGUUCCUGAAUGACCUGAAGAAGCCCAUCGUCAAGGAGGAACAGGUCCUCUUUACAUUCAAGGGUUUGGAUGAGAAUUUCGACGACAAGCUGACCGCAGAAGAAUGGGACAAAGGCCUUUCAGAGCCUGACUUCUACUACUGGGAAAUCACGACGACCACCACGAUGCCGGCAGCAGACGAGCCUUCGUCUGCCGAGGAGAGGCAGAGGGCUGCUGCAGAGGAGGAAGCGCGAGCCCGGGAGCAGGCGGCACGGGAGCAGGCAGAGAGGGAAAGAAAAAGGGCCGAGCGGGAAGCUGCCAAGCACCACCCGGAACCCAGACCGACUCGCCCUGAAGCCAGGAUCGAGAAGACGCCGCCCGAGGCUAUUUGGAAGGACGAGGUGUCAAUGGAGCAGCUGAUCAACCACAUGGGUGAUGCAGGUAAGGGAUCUCCGCAGCAUGCGCUGCGCAGCUUCGAUAGCGACAGCGACGGCAUCGCGGCACAUGGCGAGUUCAUGGAUGGCCUGGGGAAGCUGCCGCAACCUGUGAAGGGCGAAGCCGCGGAGGGCGUCUUCCAAAGCUUGGAUCUGAACAAGGAUGGCAUGGUGACCGGCCAGGAGUUCGCCAAUGCAUUCAACCAGAAGCACUAUGUGCAAGCACGUGGGCCGCGACCAGAGGCCCAGUCUCACCCAAAGCCGGACAACGGGCGAAAGAGGGAGGUCCUGAAGGACUUGGGUCUUUCGCAGGCGCCGGUCACCAUUACCCAGUUCGCGCAGGGCAUGGGCUCAGUCACUCCCGAGACCGCCUUCAAAGCUCUGGAUGCGGAUCAGAAUGGAGAGAUCUCAGAAAGCGAAAUGGUGAGGUUCGCAAAGGCAUUCCUGCCGCCCCUCACAGAGAAUCAGGCGCGCUAUGCCCAGAAAGGAUUGGAUGUUAACGGUGAUCGGCGUGUUGUGCCUCAGGAGAUGUAUGACACGUUGAAAUUUGGAGAGUUUUUCCCGACGGAGGAGCAGGCUCGAUCUUCGUAG